UGCAGUCACUGCGUCAUUCAUUCGAAAAACGCUGAACUGAGAACACAUUAGAAUAAUUGUGAAAUUAACUUAAUAAAUAUUAAAGAAAAAGAUAACAAAAGUUAAAUAUAUAUAAAAAUAUCUCUCAAGUAAUAAAUAGCUUAAAUAAAAACAAUAAGUUCUAAAAAUGAUGGCCGGUAAGGAAAACAUUAUUGACAACAUGGAUAAAUUUUCUUUAAAGAGUCCUCGUAAAGUCCUUACCGCCGUCAAUGUGGGUAAGGUGCGUAAAUUGUCCAUCGGUGAUGACAUGCAAACAAAUGGUAAAAGCCAUGAUACUAAAGAGACAAGUGAUAAUGUCCCUAAUACAGCAGGCACUUCUUUGGCAAAUAAACCCCCUGUGCCAUUCGAUCCCAGUAUUGAACCUUUAUUAAAGGAGAAUCCAAGACGUUUUGUUAUAUUCCCCAUACAAUAUUUGGAUAUUUGGCAAAUGUACAAAAAGGCCGAAGCUUCUUUUUGGACGGUAGAAGAAGUAGAUCUUUCUAAAGAUAACUCCGACUGGGAAAGACUCACCGACAAUGAGCGUCAUUUCAUUUCACAUGUUCUUGCUUUCUUCGCCGCUUCCGAUGGCAUUGUCAAUGAAAAUCUUGUCGAACGUUUCUCUCAAGAAGUACAAGUUACAGAGGCACGCUGUUUCUAUGGCUUUCAAAUUGCCAUGGAAAAUGUACACUCUGAAAUGUAUAGUAUUUUAAUUGAUAGUUAUAUUAAGGAUCGUGAACAGCGUGAUUAUCUCUUUAAUGCUAUUGAAACUAUGCCAGCUGUUAAGCGUAAGGCCGAUUGGGCAAUGGCUUGGAUUUCUUCGAAAUCAGCAAAUUUUGGUGAACGUAUUAUUGCUUUUGCUGCUGUAGAGGGUAUUUUCUUUAGUGGCAGUUUUGCUUCCAUCUUUUGGCUAAAGAAACGUGGUCUUAUGCCUGGUCUUACAUUCUCCAAUGAGUUGAUAUCACGUGAUGAGGGUUUACAUUGUGAUUUUGCUGUAUUAAUGUUUAAACAUUUGGUACAACGUCCCAGUCGAGAGAGAAUUAUUGAAAUUAUCACUGAAGCGGUGAAAAUUGAACAGGAAUUCCUUACAGAUGCUUUGCCCGUCAAUUUGAUAGGCAUGAAUUGUAAAUUAAUGUCGGAAUAUAUAGAAUUUGUGGCCGAUCGUUUGCUGGUGGAAUUGGAAGUGGGAAAGGUUUACAACACCAAAAAUCCCUUCCCCUUUAUGGAAAUGAUCUCUUUGGAUGGUAAAACAAAUUUCUUUGAACGUAAAGUUGGUGAAUAUCAAAAAUUGGGUGUAACUUCUCAUCGUUUAGAUAAUGUUUUUACAUUAGAUGCCGAUUUUUAAAAGUAAUAAUGCACUUCGUUCUAUUAUACAAAAAUAAUCUCUACCCGCUAAUCAUUUCUAAAAAUAAGUCUAAUUUACCUAUAUUUCCAGUUUAGUGGAAUUUUGGCUAAGUUUUCUUGCUUUCUUAGCAAAAUUUGUCUAAAUGGGGAGGUAACCCUCUGUAUUUUGUAACACUUUCAACUUACUUUGCAAAAUAUUCGUAAAUUUCGUAAACCUUUCCUAAGUGAGAUGUUUCCCAAGAAAAAUUAAUAACAAUUUUAUAGUUAUAAGUUCAUUUUUCAUGACACAUUAAAACCAUCAUUCAUUCAUAUAUUUUAUAAAAAUUUAUUACUAUUUGUUUGUCCCAUCCAUUUGAUUUUCUUCGUUUACCAGGAUGUAUUUAUAUUUAAAUUUAUUUUAAUUAUAAAUACCUCUACAGUUUUAUUAUAUAAUAAUUCACUUCCUGUGUAGUAAUAGCAAUUAUUCUUGACCUGACUAUAUACAUAAUAUAUUUCUUUUUUUUUAAUUAUGACUUUGAUUUUUUUUAAUUUACAUUUUUUUAUUCCAAAAUUUGUAUAACUUUUUUAUAAUUUUUUUUAAUUGAACAAAAUUUCAUUGUACAUAUAUUCAUCAUUUAAUUCUAUAUUUUACUAUAUACAUAUUAUACAUUUUUAUAAAAAAGAAAAAUAAUUCGUUUAAAAUGAGUUUAUGGGAAAUUAUUUCUAUAAACGUAAAAAAUAUAUAUAUAAAGAGUACAUUAAUUAAUAUAAUAAA